CAGCGCGUCACCGCCUGCCGCCAGCCUGCACCUGGGACAGCGCCGCCGCCGCCCAGCCGGCCGCGCGGCGAUGGCGAGCAGCGCCCACUCGACAGCUCUGCCUCUCCUCCUCCAUCCCCCGCACCCCGCUGCCGCCAUCCGCACGCCCGCGCCGCCGUCUGCCUCGUCCCUCUGCGCCCGGCUGGCGACGUUGCCCGCGUCCUGCGCGAGGCCUGCGUUGCGUGCGCGCGCGUCUGCUGCGGCCCUCUCCUCUCUCGUGUGCCAGGUGCCCUUGCUUGCUGGCGAGCUCGCCGCGCCUGCGUCCGCACUCCUCCUCCCCUCCUCACACCCUCCACCCUCUCCACCAUGCCCGAAAAGCUCUGAGAGCGCGGUGGCCAUCUGGCUCACCCUGCGGCAAGCGUCGCGCCGCACUCCGGCACCCCGCCAUCCGGCGCCCCCUCUCCGCCCGCUCCUCCGCCGCACGCCCUCGUCGCCGCGUCGCUCCUCCUUCUCUACUGGCGUGACGAGCUAGUCUACAUCCAGUCACCGCCGCACCGACCCUUUUCCCUGCCAUGUCGUCCGACGCGUCCGACGCGUCCUCCUCCUCCAUGGAGCCGCUGCGCAGCGGGCGCGUGCGCACCAUCAGCACCUCGAGUGCCAGCUCGACGGACUCCGAGUGCGGCACGCCCGUGGCGCCGCGCCUGCCGCCCGUCGUGCGCGGCGCGUGCGUGCUGCGCGCGCCGUGUCUGAAGCG